GUGGAAAUUAAAACAACACAAAUUUUGACUGGGGCUUUGGUCAAGCAAAUGCUAAAAAGCCACAUAAAGAAGAUCCCCAACAGUCAUUUCUCAACAAUUAUAUAGUCAACUGAUGUAACAAUGGUACUAAUAUUGGGACGCAGACUAAACAGAGAGGAUCUUGGGACUUUUGAGGAUGUAUCCCAGCAUGAAGAAUUUCUUGAGCUUGGCAAAGAUGAACUUAUUGAUUAUAUUUGUAGCGAUGAACUCGUAAUUGGUAAAGAGGAGAUGGUUUUUGAAGCCGUCAUGCGUUGGGUUUAUCGUGCUGUUGAUCUAAGAAGACCACUGUUACAUGAGCUCCUGACCCAUGUGAGACUCCCUCUGUUGCAUCCCAACUACUUUGUUCAAACAGUUGAAGUGGACCAAUUGAUCCAGAAUUCUCCUGAGUGUUAUCAGUUAUUGCAUGAAGCAAGACGGUACCACAUACUUGGGAAUGAGAUGAUGUCCCCAAGGACUAGGCCACGCAGGUCCACUGGCUAUUCUGAGGUGAUAGUUGUCGUUGGAGGAUGUGAACGAGUUGGAGGAUUUAAUCUUCCGUACACUGAGUGCUAUGAUCCUGUAACAGGAGAAUGGAAAUCUUUGGCUAAGCUUCCAGAAUUUACAAAAUCAGAAUAUGCAGUGUGUGCACUAAGAAAUGACAUUCUUGUUUCAGGUGGAAGAAUCAAUAGCCGUGAUGUCUGGAUUUAUAACUCACAGUUAAAUAUUUGGAUCAGAGUUGCCUCUCUAAACAAAGGCAGAUGGCGUCACAAAAUGGCUGUCCUCCUUGGUAAAGUGUAUGUUGUUGGAGGCUACGAUGGGCAAAACAGACUUAGCAGCGUAGAAUGUUACGAUUCCUUUUCAAAUCGAUGGACUGAAGUUGCUCCUCUUAAGGAAGCAGUGAGUUCUCCUGCAGUGACUAGCUGUGUAGGCAAAUUGUUUGUGAUUGGUGGAGGACCUGAUGAUAAUACUUGUUCUGAUAAGGUUCAAUCUUAUGAUCCAGAAACCAAUUCUUGGCUACUUCGUGCAGCUAUUCCAAUUGCCAAGAGAUGUAUAACAGCCGUAUCCCUUAACAACCUGAUAUAUGUUGCUGGUGGACUGACAAAGGCAAUAUACUGUUACGAUCCAGUUGAAGAUUACUGGAUGCAUGUACAGAAUACAUUCAGCCGACAGGAAAACUGUGGUAUGUCUGUGUGUAAUGGUAAAAUAUAUAUCCUGGGUGGAAGACGGGAAAAUGGAGAAGCCACAGACACUAUUCUCUGUUAUGAUCCUGCAACAAGUAUCAUCACAGGGGUAGCUGCAAUGCCCAGGCCAGUGUCCUAUCAUGGUUGUGUGACUAUUCAUAGAUACAAUGAGAAAUGCUUUAAGCUCUGAAGCCCGGAUACCUCACCCAAGAAGCCACACCGAUCCAAGACGAGAUGUUUUUAAAACUCCGGAGUGGGAACUUACCUCCUUUGUACCAUAUGCAAAAAAUAGUAAAAAAUAACAAUUUGGUGCCUUUCUCCCCCAAAUAUCAGUCUUUCAAACUGUAAUAAAGCCUUUCCUAUAAUAGAAAAAAGAAUUCUUUUUGUUAAAGGUAACAGUGGUUGUGGUGGUUGUUGCUUGGCCUUUGAGAGUGUACCUUUUUAAGUAUUUGUAAGAAGCCUAUGUGGAGUAGAAAAUAAUGUCUGCAUACCUUUUAGGAACCUGUGAAUAGUCUCUUCAUUUAUGUAUGUUUAUCUGCAAGACUGUAUAUUCCUUAUUUUGUCAUAUAUGUAGAGAAAAUUGCAUGACUUGAGGCUUCAUUUAGGUUGAAUCACCUAAUGUUCAGAAUGCAUUCUAAGGGGGAAAAAAUCAGUUUUAAAAAUUUUUGUCACUCACAAAGUAUAUCCAAACUGAUUAAUUUUAUUGAAGGUUUUUUUUUUUCCCCUGUAAUUGAUAAAAAUAUAAUGACAACAAUUCACGUAUUGUAAAAUACUAAUUAUUGUAACUUUAUUCUUAGAAUUGCUGUCUAUUAAACAUGUUUUGCAGGGCGGAGCCGGUAGGUAGAAGAUACAAAAAAAUAAGUUCUCCUAAAAGGGGGAUUUACAUUACAGGUUAAUUCCUCAGAAAAAAUUAAAUAACCAUUGAAGAAAAAAUGACCCAUUGUGGCUCUCAAAGUAUUCAUGCAUCAUCUCUAAAUCCUCUAAGGAAGCUCCUUUUCUUGAAUCUGACAAUGAGUUGAAAUCCAUUUUGCAAUAUUGUCUUGUGAAAAACAAGGACAGGUUUUCUCCCCAGCCCAGUGGGGUUUGGUCUCAUUAGUAUGAUGUUUUGGGUGAGGACCUUUUCCUUGGGUUAUUUCCUUGGGCUAUUUUCUUGUGAACAGCUAAAGAUCCUGAGAGUCUCUACUGUUAAGGUACCUUUAAUAGGAUAAAGCAGGGACCAGCUAUCUCAGUGGGUCCAUUUUUCUUUUAAAGUUAGCUGUCUGAAAAAAACUUAGCAGUAGUUCCCAUCUUCUAAGAUAAGUCUUUCAUUUGGUACCCAUUGUGUAAAACAUUGAUCAACAUUUUCAAGCUUCUAUACAACAAACUGCUUUUGUCUAAAUUUCUCAACUCCAGUUUAUAAAGCUUAUCAAUUUUCAGGGGCAAAUGUAAAAUUUUUUUCUAAGACAGAUAGAUAUGGCAGGAACUAUAGCAUAAGUGACUAUCAUGAUUCUGGGUGGACACCUAAUAAUUUUCAACAUUUUAGGGAUGUUCCAGGUAGCUUGCUCUAUUUUGACUUCCCAGUCACUAUUGUCUCUCACAUUAUAAUUGUAUAUUCCUUGUCAUAGGAGAGAUGAUGCAAAUAUGUGAUUAUAGUGUUGCCAGAUUUCUGUUAAAACCAAGAUUGUAAUCAAAAACCUAACAUUAGUAAACU